AUGGCGUCGAAGAAGCAAUCCAAGCCAGCCGCAUCUGAGAAGAAAACUAAAGCCGUUGCGACUGAGAAACCCACUACUAAAGCGCCUGAAGAACUCCUCAAGGCCAUUGUUACGUUUCUCAACGACUACGGUUAUGCCUCUGCCAGCAAUGCCCUGGUAAAGGAAGAAAAGGAACGGAAUGGAAAGGUUAUUUCGGGUACAAACAAUGAUGUUACACCUUCGUUAGUGAGCAUGUAUGAGGCAUUGAAGUCUACUUCUGCAUCAUCGGACGAGGAUGAGAGCGAGAAGUCCUCUGAAUCGAGCGAUGAAUCCAGCUCUGAGUCAAGAUCAGACUCCGACGUGUCGAUGGACGAUGCUCCCACGCUGAAGAAAAAGAGCAAGAGCUCUUCUUCCUCUUCUUCCUCCUCUUCCUCUUCGUCUUCUGAGUCUGAGUCUUCUUCUGAGUCUUCUUCUGAGUCGGACAGCGAUGCAGACGACGAAUCUGGUCCGGAAACCGCACCACCCAAGUCGACUGGCACGAAGCGCAAAGCUGAAGAUUCAGCUCCAGUUCAACAAGCAUCUGUGAAAAAGGCCAAAAUGGUCGAGGUUUCUGAAAGCUCGUCAGAGGAAUCCGAAUCAUCAGAGGAAUCUUCUUCAAACGACAGCUCAUCUGAGGAGAGUUCUUCCAGUGACUCCGAAUCAGACGAUUCCGAUUCCGAAUCAGAGGUCGAACGCAAGAAGACAUUGAAAACGGCCGCAAAGACACCAUUACCAGACUCCGAUGAUAGCAGCUCCUCCGAGUCGAGCGAUUCCGAAGACUCCUCCUCGUCCUCCGACUCCGACUCAGAUUCUGAUGAUAAUGGCGAUGAUGAUGAAUCCAAACCCAAAUCAGCGAGCCCCAAUGAUAUGAGCGAUUCCACAGACACGAUAGCAUCAACAAGUACAAAGUCAGACGAGACCAAGUCUCAGAAGAAGAAGGAUGCCGACACUUCCUUCAACUCUGUCCCCCUUCCUCCCGAGCCUCAGUUCAAGAAGAAACAUACCGGGGCUCGCCCCACGCGAUUGGCUGCCAUGAGUGCCCUUCCGUAUGAUCAUCCAUCAAACACUUAUGUAGCGUACGCUUACGCCGACCGUGCCUUCAAAGAUCUAUCAGUCACCCGUGGCAAGGGCUUCACAAAGGAGAAGAAUAAGAAGAAGCGUGGCUCAUACCGUGGCGGCCCCAUUGAUAUCGGCCCAUCCAAGUACAGCUUCAAGUUCGAAGAUUAA